GUGAUACAGAUCCGAAUGUUGAAGAUAUUCGAAAACUUAGACUUGGAGAAAUUGACUCUGAUCCAGAAACAAAGUCUGCAAAACUCGAUUCUGUCGAUAUGGAUGAAGAUGAGGCUCAUGCUAGAUUAGCCAAUACUCAAGGCAAAAAGCAAAGCAAAAGGCAU